ACGCUGGAUGCGAGCCUCCUCGGGAACCGAGCAGGAGAAGACAUCUGCCGCGAUCUGGAUACCACCAAACGCGGGGUGGGUGUGUGGGCGUGUACCUCCUUUACCAUAAGCGCGUUAUACAGCUCACCUCUAUUUAUUUUGCCCUCUUUCUGACACCCGGCUCAAUUAGGCCCAGUUUCAACUCGUCCAGAUCGACCUUUGCCCAUCCACCCAGGUAUUUACCCAGUAAUCCAAUCAUUGUGUUUUGUUCAAGAUGAUAGGUACACGCCUGCUAUCAUUGUAUUACAAGAUCCUGCACGGAGCAUGUUUUCAGAAGCAAGUUACAUUUCUCGAGAUUUAUACAUUGGAUUUUGGGCACAAAAUAGAUGGUAUCCUCAGCAGAUGACUGUCAUUGGUGUGUUAGAAAUUAGGGGCGUGGAUGAGUGCGAGCAAGAAAAGAUGAGACGUGAGAAGUAGCCCAAGACAUGCACGUUCGCACAUGUGAGAAGAAUUCCAGAUAAUCAUUCCUCUUCUAGUUGGCGGCAGAUAGAUGGCCUGCUAUCCAACCUCUUGGCUCUCUAUCGGAGGGCAUAGUAAUCAACUAGGCGCGCAAGUCAUAGGAUCCGGCCGAUAUUGGACAUGACGACGCCGGCGUCCGGCAACUCUCCUCGGCAGGGUCGAUAUUGGGGAUUCGGAGGGUGAGAUGGAAGGAAGGCAAUAGAGGGUCAAGACGGUGGAGGUACACAUGGACAUGAAAUAAGGGAAAUAAAAGCUGAACUGCUCUGCUUUUACCUUUUGUUUCCUUGUUGAGACAACCACGAGCCAUACCUCUCAGAAUUGUUGACCAAAGCAACAUCGACAUGAAAGGUAUUCAGGGUGUUGUGCAAUUGUCACUGCUCGUGGGGGCGUGGGGGUGGGAAUACAAGACGAAGCGCAAUCCUGCCUUUCCCCUCGACGUAGUCGACAAACUCCAGGAUGAGACCAUGCCCAAGGUCCAAGCCUGGCUGGACAAGCAGCACAAAGCGGGCAAAGCCACAAACUGCACGCUCGAGAAUGCCGCCGUCAGACAAGAGUGGAGCGAUAUGACGGUCGAAGCCCGUCAAGAAUACGUCCGGGCCGUCCUCUGCCUCCAGAAGAAGUCUCCCCGGGCACCCAAAGACAAGGUCCCUGGCUCACUCAGCCGCUUCGACGACUUUGUUGCCACACACAUGACGCAGGCGGGAGAGCUUCACGGCCCAACGAAUCUCUUUGCUGCCCAUCGGUACUUCAUCUUCGUGUACGAGAAGGCCUUGAGAGAGGAGUGUGGGUAUACAGGAUACCAGCCGUACAUGAACUACGACCGCUACGUCGCCGACCCCCUGAACUCUCUCCUCUUUGACGGGUCACCAGCCAGCAUGUCCGGCAACGGCGAGCUCGCGCCCUACAACGGCAUCCCUCAACCGUUUCCCCGUCCAUACGAUCGCAUUCCUGCUGAUCAAGGCGGUGGCUGUGUGACUACUGGACCCUUCAAGGACAUGGUAGUCUCCCUCGGCCCCAAGGGCUCCGUCGUCCGGGACAUUCCCCCCAACCCCCAGCGCGACGGCCUCGGCUCCAACCCCCGCUGUCUCCGUCGUGAUGUCAACCGGUUCAGCGUCGCCGGCGCAAAAGCAAACUACACCUACCACUUGAUCACUCAGCACAACGACGUCGACAGCUUCUACAACAGGUACCUCGGCCAACCCCAGCUCAAGGGUGACCCCAAUCCAUGGGGUCUUCACAACGCGGGACAUUACCUGAUUGGCGGUGAUCCCGGGGGUGACUUUUACUGCUCACCAGGCGACCCCCUCUUCUACUUCCACCACGGCGCGCUGGACCGCAUCUGGUGGAUCUGGCAGAUGAACGACCCCGAAAACAGAAUCAACGCCGUGCCCGGGCAGGCCAUGCCUGGUGGCCACAACCAUGGGAGACGACAGACCACCCAGCCGAAGAAUGCGCUCGACUCGGUCAUCGACCUGGGGUGGACGGCGCCGGGGGUGAGGUUGGAGGAGAUGAACGAUCAGCUGGGUGGGUUGGGAGGGGAGAUGUGCUAUAUCUAUGUCUGA